AUGAUAAACAUCUCCAUGACUAGUUUUACAAACGCUACAAACACGACCGAUAGGGAAAGCGAUACAGAAGAUGUCCCAUCAGUGGCUGGCUCUAUAAUUAUAAUCAUCAUCAACACAAUCACUUGUCCCAUCACAGUUCUGCUCAACCUACUGGUGAUAAAGGCUGUGAAAACGACACCUCGACUUCGAACCAACAGUAAUAUCUUGCUGGCCUGUUUAGCGGUGACUGAUGUAUUAGCAGGUCUCAUUGGCCAGCCUUUAUUUAUCAUGUGGAGGGUGGACGAGUUGUAUGGUUUCGGUAACAGUGAAACGCUUGAAAUCUACUUUGUCCAGUGUUUAGUUGUAAUGAUAACAGCUUCAUACCUUCAUCUGAUGUUGGUUACAUUGGAAAGACUCAUAGCCAUCAAGUUUUCGAUGCAAUACUCAGACAUUGUAACUUAUAAGAACAUGAGGAUAGCAGUGUUAGCAGCUUGGAUCAUUCCGCUCAUUAUUGGGGUCUUCAGAAUUUUGAAAAUGGUCGUUCUGGUACGUUUUUCUGCAGGCCUUCUCAUUAUUUCCUGCGUUCUCUUUCUUACCUUCUCUUACUUCAUCAUGUAUCGUGAAACACGUCGUCAUCGACACAAAAUAAAAACUCAACAACUGCCCCAAGAAGAAGUGGAAAGGUUUGCCAAAGAGAACAAGGCGCUUAAGACAACUGUAUUUGUAGUUGGUGCCGUUAUUGUUUGCCUUCUUCCACUUUGUUUCUGUCUGAUCGUAACAGCUUCAGCACUAUUUGAUUCUUGCCCCAUCAAUGUGCCAUCGAUGCUAACAUGUGCCAUGAUAAACUCGCUCGUGAAUCCACUUAUUUACUGCUGGAGACAAAAAGAAAUGAAAAAAGUCAUUCUUGGAAGAAGAACCAGGGUCGAGCAUUUAGAGAUACAAUUAAGGAGGGGAAGGUUGAGAAAAGAGUGGGCAACUUGA